AUGGCCUUCUUUCUCCGGCAGAUAUGGACACUGACUGUCAAGAACCUCUUGAUCGCACUCGUCCGGCACCCGUUCUCGACGCCCUUCAGAGCAUUUCUGCUGCCCUGCAUAUUCGUUGGCUUCCUGGCAUACGCACGUAGCCUCUUCAUACCCCCAUCAAGAUAUGGCAUUGGCGACACCCAUGCUGUGCGAUCUCUCUUGGACGCUUUGAACGAUGCCCCAGGCGGUCGGGAUCGCUUCGCGCUGGUCAACAGCGGCUUCACGGACGGUGAUAUUGCGACCUGGCAGAUCCUCGAAUUGGACCAAGAACAAGACUUGGUCACAGAAUGCCGCAACUCUAUCCGAGGGACAAGCGACUGCUUUGCUGGAAUUGUGUUCUUCUCGUCGCCCGAGGAAGGUCCUCUUGGUCAGUGGAACUACAGCUUACGCGCAGAUGGAGGUCUUCAGAGUGGUAUCAACGUGUUCUCCGGCGACAAUGAUAUCCAGCGAGUCCUGCUACCUGUCCAGCAUGCAGUCGAUAGCGCAAUAUCCCGAAUUGGCAAUGGAACGCCACUCCCCAAUGUCGUGGAGGAGUACAUCUACACCAGCAUGACUCAGGAGCAGCGAAAUGAUCAGAUUCGCGUUCGGUACAUGAGUGGAAUCAUCAAUAUAUUGGCCGUUGCAUUCUUCAUUGGCAUUGUUCUCAUCACCUACCAGUUGACUGGCUUGGUAGCCACGGAGCGAGAAAUUGGCAUGGCACAGCUGCUCGACUCAAUGAUGCCGAACACCCGCCGGUGGGAGCCGCAGAUGGCGCGAAUUAUAGCCAAUCACCUGGCCUUCGACCUGAUCUACGCUCCUGGCUGGAUCGUUAUGGCUAUAAUUCUCAGCGGCGGUGUGUUUUCCAGGACGAAUGCCGGCAUUGUCGUGAUCAACAACAUCCUGGGAGGUCUUGCAGUGUCUUCUUUCAGCAUUCUGGGAGCUUCUCUGUUCAGAAGGGCCCAGCUGAGCGGCAUCAGUCUGGUUAUCACACUCAUGCUACUCGCAGUUGUGGCUCAGGUCGUGGGCAAGGGCUCUACAGGUGCUGUCACAAUACUUUCGCUGUUCUUCACACCGUUCACUUACGUCAACUUCACAAUCGUGAUGGCGAGAUGGGAAAGACAGAAUCAAGCGACGAAUUUGGUUCAGGCGGCUCCGGAAAACCCCUCGACUUUACCUGGCAUAGUCCUUUGGGUGUUCUUCAUCCUCCAGAUCGUCAUCUAUCCGUUGAUCGGCGCCUGGGUCGAGCGAUUCUUGUAUGGCACAGCUUCCAAAGAGCGCGUUGUUAGCGUCUCCGACAGCAGUACUGCGAUAUCUCUGGAUCGGUUCACCAAGCGAUAUCCACCGACCAUUGGAACUCAGCUCUGGGCCAAACUGACCCGAAAGCGUGCCGCCGACGUGGUUGCUGUCAACGAGCUGAGUCUGACAGCAACACGUGGCGAGAUCCUGGUGCUUCUCGGAGCUAACGGCUCAGGCAAAAGUACCACGCUAGACAGUAUUGCUGGGCUGAACUCGAUUUCGAGUGGGUCCAUCGCAGUCAACUACUUGCAACAAGGCGCCGGGCUUGGUCUUUGUCCCCAAAAGAAUGUCUUGUGGGAUGAACUCACGGUCGAAGAACACGUGCGAAUCAUCAACAAGGUCAAAAGCAAGGUGAUUGCGCCGAAGAGGGAGAACAGAGAGCUGCUGGAAUCCUGUGACAUUGUCUCAAAGAUCAAAGCUAAGGCCAAGACGCUUUCCGGCGGUCAAAAGCGCAAGCUUCAGUUGGCUUUGAUGUUCACGGGUGGUUCAAGCAUUUGUGCUGUCGAUGAGGUGUCUAGUGGCAUUGAUCCGUUGUCCCGUCGAAAGAUUUGGGACAUACUCCUGUCAGAACGAGGGCGUCGCACUAUCAUCCUCACGACUCACUUUCUGGAUGAGGCAGAUCUUCUGGCAGAUCACAUAGCCAUUCUCUCCAAGGGUCUCUUGAAAGCCUCCGGUACAUCAGUCGCCUUGAAGCAUAAGUUGGGAUCUGGUUAUCGUGUGCAUGUGUACAAAUCGGCUCGAACAGCAGGACCGCAUGUUUACCAGGACUAUCCACAUUCUCAACAUGACGAGCAAACGACGUACCUGCUACCUUCGUCAGCUGAGACCGCCAGAUUCCUCACGCGACUUGAGAGUGAUGGGAUGACCGAGUACCAAGUCAGUGGGCCCACCAUAGAGGAUGUUUUCUUGAAGGUGGCCGAUGAAGUGCAGAGUGGCCACGAUGAGCUCUCGACCGCCCCCGCGCGAGAGAGCAGCGACGAGAAGUCAGCGAAGCACACAACCGUGGGCGUUACAGAAAACAGACUGAACGUCCCAGAGUUACUGCCUGGGCGCCGAAUCAAUUUGACUGGUCAGCUCCGGAUUCUCUUCCAAAAGAGGAUGACCAUCUUUCGGCGCAACGCUUUGCCAUAUAUCGCUGCUCUUCUAAUUCCUAUCAUUGCUGCCGGCUUGGUCACGCUCUUCAUGAACGACUAUGAGCGUCCUGGAUGCGAUCCAAUCGAAAUUGCUGCACAGUUCGAUCCAUCCUCGCUAUCGACGGAGGGCAACUACGACAUCCUGAUCGGUCCUAGCGAUGCCUUUAGCCCUGGGCUGAUUCAAAUGUACGCACAAUCAUUCACACGCGAGGGUCAGGAGAGCACGGGGGAUAAUGCGACCCGUCUGGCAGAAUCAGUCAACCUGACCAACAGUCUUCCCGAGUUCAAGGAUAUCAUCGAAGAACGUUAUGCCAAGUAA